GUGCCGUUAUUCGCGCGGUGCUAGUGAAACGUACAGCAAUGAAAUUGCAGCUUACCAUGGGCCGCAGCCAAAGUCCGGCAAUGGACAAGGAGUCGGAAGCGGUAAAGGGCGGUGGGUACGAGGCAGCGUCGGUGAACGCGCCCGACGAUGACUUUGAGCUGUGGGAUCAAAGCAAAGCGCUGCGCUCGGAGUACCGGGACAAUCGCUGGAGCCAAAACGGAUGGUCCUCCUGCAUACCGAUAUCGAUCAUUUUGGUGCUGAUUGUGCUGGUGGUGCUGCUACCGUUGAUGGAUCAUAGCGAACGCGUGGGGGACGAACCGAGCCGGGCUGGUGUUGGCCGGUACGGUCAACCGGACUGUCCGGAUAAGUGUUCGAUCGAGCUGGUGGAAAGCAUACCGGAGGGCAUGACGUACCCGGACGGUAGUCCAACGUUUCGCACCACCUUCCAGGCCUGGAUGGCGUUGCUCGAGCUGGCACAGACGACGGUCGAGAUUGGGUCGUUCUACUGGACGCUGAAGGGUGCCGACGUUUACAACCAUUCGUCAGCCCGGGAGGGUGAGAUGAUAUUUCGCAAACUGUUCGAAGCGGGUACGGUGCGUAAGCUUCAGGUGAAAAUUGCACAAAGUGCACCAACGUCCGCCUCGCCCAAUCUGGACACGGAUCUGCUGGCCAAGCAGGGUGCUGCUCUGGUACGGUCGGUCGACUUUCCUCGGCUGAUCGGGGGCGGUGUACUGCACACGAAGGUCUGGAUCAUAGACCGGGAACACUUCUAUCUUGGCAGUGCGAACAUGGACUGGCGGUCGCUAACGCAGGUGAAAGAGUUGGGCGUACUGGGCACCAAUUGCUCCUGCCUGGUGUACGAUCUAGCGAAGAUAUUCGACGUGUACUGGGAUAUGGGCGCACCCGAUGCCCGGUUGCCACCGAAAUGGCCGAAAGAGUAUGCCGCCAACUUCAACUAUUCUGCUCCCGCGCACGUAGAAUUCAAUGGGCAAACGCCAAUGGACACGUACUUCUCGAGCUCUCCACCAAUGAUGUCACCGACAGGGCGAACGGACGAUCUCUUUGCAAUCAUAGACGUUAUCAAUAAGGCAAACCGUUUCGUACACAUAUCGGUGAUGGAUUAUUUUCCGCUCACGCUUUACACGCGCAUAACGCACUACUGGCCUUACAUUGAUGAUGCGCUGCGCAAGGCAGCGAUCGAGCGCAAGAUCUCGUUACGUCUGCUCAUCUCGCUGUGGGAUCAUUCGCGACCCUCGGAAGAAUACUUUCUGCACUCGCUCGAAGCCCUGUCGAACGCGCUGAACGGUGUGGACAUACAGAUACGUCGGUUUAUUGUGCCCGCAUCCGACGAUCAGAAAAAAAUACCCUUCGGCCGGGUCAACCACAACAAAUACAUGGUGACGGACAACACUGCGUACAUCGGUACCUCGAACUGGUCCGGCGAUUAUUUCAUUGACACGGCUGGCAUCGGUAUGGUGAUCUCCUCGUUCGACACUAACGGUACCAUCAUACAAGAUUUGCAAUCCGUGUUCGAGCGCGACUGGAACAGCAAGUAUGCGGUACGCUUAAGCUAGGGUGUAGU